CACUGAGAUUUACAUAGAGUCACAUAUAAAGAACUUCUCAUCAAUAUACUUUCAUAUAUCACAAAGACUUAUUCCUUUGAGGAAACAGACAUCUCUUCUUCUUAUUUCUUUUGAUAAUUAGAGAGAGAGAGAGAGAGAGGAAGAGAAAGAGGUUCAAGAAUCAAGAUGAUGAUGCCUUCUGAGAGAUCAACAAGCACUCUUCUUCUUCUCAUCCUCAUCUCAGCAUCACUGUUUUCAGCUUCUUUUGCAGGUGAACAUCGAAAACUUCUUCAUAGAUCUGCACCAACUCUAUUUGCAAAUGCCUUCAAACAUGAAUAUUCAUCAAGGAAAUUUAGAGAUGAAGAACAACAAAUCCUACUUCCUCGAUCGCGAAUUCUCGUCGUAAAGACGAAUGAUUAUGGAAACUAUGAACCUACUCCAGCACUCACUAAGCCUCCUUUUAAGCUCAUACCUAAUUAAGCAAUGGAGUUCCAUGUUUAGAGCUUCAUUAGCAUGUUAUUAUUAUAUAUAUAGUAAUUAUGUAUGACCUUAAAUGGAUAUAUAUAUAUGUUUAGCAGUGUGAGAUCUAGUAGCUUGAGAUAGUUUAUAUAUAAGCAAGAAAAUAAUUUUCUCUUUUUGUUAAGGUUUGAUGUAAUUAAGUGAGUUGUAUCUAAGUAUGGAAUAAUUAAUCAGCUGUGUCUUUGUGUUUAAUUA